GACCAAAACCAAAAGAAAAGAACUUUGCAGGAAAAGUUCCCAAGAAAACCCCUCUUCAAAAUUGUGGGUUUUUCUGCUUUUGCUUUGGUCAAGUGGGCAUUAGUGAUUUUAAAUCAGUUCAGUCUUCCUCUGCUUGUUACAAUUAUGAAGUGAGCAAUAUAUAUCACCUAGAGAGAGAGAGAGAGAGAGAGAGAGGCAUCAUCAAAAGGAGGCGUGAGAAAACAUAGAGAAGAGAGAGAGAGAGAGAGAGAGAGAGAGAGAGAGAGAGAGAGAUAUGGGUUAGGCUAGUGGUGGUUCACUUGAGCCUUUGGGACUUUGUUAGGAAAGUUUUUGGAGUUUUGAUGAAUGAAUGGUAAUGGAAGUGGGGAAAUUGAAUGGCAGGGCCUUUUGGUGGGAGAGGCAGAAGAACAACAAGAAGAAGCAACAUCAACAAGUUUCAGAGACGUGGCAGCAAAAAGAGGAAGAGAUUAGAGAGAGUGAAAAAUCAUCAUCAUCAUCACCAUCUUCAAAACAAGCAAAAACAACAACAACAACCCACUAGUAGAAAGUGUGCUCCAUUAAAAGCUAGAACUGGAGGAAGAAGAAGAACAACAACAAUAUCAGAAGAGUCUUCUGAGUCUGGAUCCUCAAAAGAAUCCUCCUCCUCCUCAUCAUCAUCAAUUUUAUCAUCAAUACAAUCCCCACCAACCCCAAACCCAAAACCCAUUUCCAAUUUCAACUCCUCAUGUAGAACAACACCAAGCACUUGCUUUUCACCACCUCUCUUGUCAUCAAACCUUUCAUCAAACCCAACAACAACAACAGCUUUCUUUUUGUGUUGGCUUGGAAACCCAUUUCCAACAACAAUUACAAGAACAAGAUCAACAAAUCCGAGAAGCUCCAAAGAAGCAGCAGCGAACCGAACAUGCGAGGAAAAUGGGGGACACUACCACCAUAACCACAGCAGCAGCAUCCUCGUCCAGACUGGGGAUACGGAGUAUUACCGGCAACCACCACAGCGGCAGCAGCAACAACAAUGUUGUAAUCGGGGGCGGGGAGAUAGUGGAAGUACAAGGCGGCCACAUUGUGCGGUCGACCGGGAGGAAGGACCGCCACAGCAAGGUCUGCACGGCAAAGGGGCCGAGGGACAGACGCGUCCGCCUUGCGGCCCACACCGCCAUCCAGUUCUACGACGUCCAAGACCGACUGGGUUACGACCGGCCCAGCAAAGCCGUCGACUGGCUCAUCAAAAAGGCCAAGGCCGCUAUCGACGAGCUCGACGAGCUCCCCACCUGGAACCCCAUUUCCUCCGCAGCCGCCGCCGCCGCCGCCGCACAAUCAGCCGCUGCCGCUACAACCGUCUCCGCUAGUCUCGCGGGGGACGGUGGGCUGAAUCUGCAGAAUCAGAUGAUGGAGAAGCAACACCAGCAGAACGACAAUAGCAACAACAACAAUAAUGGUAAUACUAGUUCUGGGUUUUUGCCUCCAUCUUUGGAUUCCGACGCCAUAGCCGAUACAAUCAAGUCGUUCUUUCCGAUUGCUUCGGAGGAACAGCAGCAUCAUAAUCAUAAUCAGGAUCAUCACUCUCAUCAUCCUCGGGUUUCGUCGUCGUCGUCGAUUCAGUUUUACGCGCCGGAUUUGCUGUCGAGGACGAGCACUGGCCAGAACCAAGAUCUGCAGCUCUCGCUUCAGUCCUUUCAGGACCCAAUUCUUCUUAACCACCACCAACAACAAGCUCAAGCUCAACAAGCCCACCACAAUGAACAAGGCUUUUUCUCCGGGUUCGGAUGGUCCGACCACCACCACCAUCAGAACCCGGCCGAGACCAGCCGAUUCCAGAGAAUCAUGUUCAACAACAAUGGCGGAAACAACGGCGGCGGUGGAGGUGGUGGUGGUGGCGGUGGUGGUGAUGGUGGGUUUGUGUUUAAUUCGCCGCCGUUGUUUAGCCGCGGCGGAGAAAACAAUAACAAUCACCACCACCACAACAACAAUCAGUUCUUUUCUUUUCAGAGGGGACCCCUUCAGUCCAGUAACACGCCCUCGGUUCGCGCAUGGAUCGAUCACACUUCGUCGUCUUCUUCGUCAUCGCCGCUGAUGGUGAUGUCGUCGAUUGCCGAUCACCAGAUUCCGCAUUCUCUGUCCGGCAUGGGAUUCAUCCCUAGUGUUGGAGGAGGAUUUUCCUCCGGAUUCCACCACAACAUUCCGGCGCGGAUCCAGGGCGAGGAGGAGCACGACGGCAUCUCCGACAAGCCGUCCUCUGCUUCCUCCGAUUCUCGCCAUUGACCCAUCUCCAAAAGAGACACCGGAAUUUUCUUAAAGGACUAGUUCAACUUCACUAAAAGACUCCAGAAAGAGAGAAAGAGAUAGAAGAUUUCGGUCAUUUCUUAGUUCAAUGGCAGAUUUCAAUGCCGAGGGGAGAAGAAAAUCUGAGUGCAUACUUCAGGUUUUUGCGAUUCCUUUGGUUUGUUUGUUCUUUUACCACUUUUAGUUUGGGUUUUAGUUUUGUUCUGUUUCUCGUUAUCUAAGUUGGGCUUGUGGAGCUCAAACUUUUGUUUGAUUAUUAGUAGUUAUUACUUUGGAUUUGCUAUUAUUGUGGUUUCUGUUGUGGACUAUAAUGCUAUUUGCGUUUACCAUUUCCAUUUGUUGAAUGGAACUUUUUUGGUGCUUUUAUUAUA